AUGUACUCAUUGGCUUCGAGUGAUCAAGAGCAUCGGAGACUUCAAGCGGCGUCCGAGCGCAUCCGCGAGCUUCUCGAUGAGAAGAUUUUCCACGCUCCUCUCGAUUCGGUUUCUAUCCACAGAGUGAUCUAUAUGGGUUGUGAAAUAGGUGCCAUAACUGACGAACUCGGCACCACGUACUCCAAAGCAAAGAUUUGCGGCGUCAAUCUGUCUCCCGUCCCUGCUCUCCGUCUGCAAUUGAAGAAUAUCGAGUACAUCCAGGGCGGCAUCAUGGAACUUGCGGCUACAGAAAAAAACGACCGUCUGACAAAGGAUACCUUUGACUACAUAUUCUCGAAGUUCCUGAUGGGUGUUAUCACAGACUGGAAGAAAUAUAUCGAGCUAUGUCUUGGUUUGGCAAGGCCUGGUGCCUGGAUCGAAAUUCAAGAGCCAGAUAUGGCUUACUUCUUGUCAUCUUCUUCUGGGAACGCAUAUGAUGCGAUCCCGUGGUCUUGA